AGCGUUCACGAAUCGAACAAUAGUGUAACAUAACCUUUCGUCAACUAAACUUGAACGAAAUUACUGGAGUUUUGUUUAUUAGUAUCGCAUCGAUUUUUUUUCUUCUGGCAUUUAGUGGAUUGUGAUUAUCACGCAAGAACUGCUAAACACGAUUGAUAUCAGAUCGUAUCAUCGAUGCUGCAUGAUUCAACCAGCGCGUGAUGAUCACAUAAUAGCGGCGUACGCACCGCAAGAAUGGCAAGCUAUUUAUCCAUCGCGAGAAAUGAUUUUCCCAAAUAAUCACGGACAGCAAUGAAUCAGAUAUUAUGUUGCCAUCGACUGGUUACUUCAAGACGAUAAAUUGUCCGUUUUAUGAUAACGGAUCGUGCGAUCGACCUUAUUGUCACUUCAAACAUGCCAGACGAGAAGAUACAGGAAGCACAGUUGGGGUGGUGGAAGCCCAAACAGCGGGACAAGCACAGGAAAACAAACCUGCUGAUGUUGUGGCUUCAAAUUCCAAUAUGCUUCAACAUUUAGUGACGGAAGCUGUGAAAAAAGUGCUUGCAGAUCAGGAAGUCACAAAUACCGAAAAGGUUUCACAAAACAUUGUCUCUCAAGUAGUGGAAGGACUCAAGCCAACUCUUGUCUCUGGUUCUGCUACCUCUGUACGCAAUGCAACACCAAAUAUAGGAAAGCAUAUUGCAAUUCCUCCAGCUGUUACAAGACCAGUCGCGUGUGUUUACAAUCCAACACCGAUAGCUGAACUGAAGAAACGGCACAUACCGGUGAUCUCGUAUAUGCCAACCAGAGAGAGUAGAGUAGCUGUGAAACGUAAACCCUCGCCAGAAAGGGCUAAAUUAUGGUUAAACGAUAUUCAGGAAUCCAGCAGUUCUCAACAACCUGAAGUUACAUAUAAACCCACCGCAAUAGUCAACUCGACUGACCAGGAUGCUAUACAAAAUUAUGUACCUACUGUUAAAUCAGAUUUACUUUUGUCAAAUUCAUAUGAAGAUAGUAACUCGAAUGAUUAUCAGUCCAAAUUUAAAGAAGAAUAUUAUCCGAGAUCUAAGAAAAGAAGAGAAGAGUACGUUCCUAAAAAAAUUAAAACACCAUUGAAAACAGUCCAACAAUUAAAUGAUACUACUUUGAAUUCGUUUGAGCCAGAAUUUAAUGUGAUCGAUGAGAUUCUCACUACUGGUCGCACUGCUCCUAAUGUACUGGAACAUGUCAAAGCAUCUGCUAGUGAAGAUUCUCAGGAUUAUUCUUUGGAAAUGGAAUCUAAAUUCUCUGAUGAUGAAUCUAUUGAAGAUAUAUCCAAAGAUGAAGAUAAGGAGAGCGUUAAAAAGGCUGAGCAAAUAGAAGAUGUUAAUGAAAAAGAAAAGGAGAAUCUACAACAUACAAGACCUGACACUGUAGAUAAACAAAUGAGCAAUAAAGAUAAAAUUUACAACAAUCACUAUGAUGCCAAAACAGGUGAUACACAAACUAAUGAUAGAUCUAAGCAACAUAAAGCUAAUUAUGCAAGUAAAUCGUCAGACAAAAAAGAGGAAAGUAUGAAAGAGAACACUGAUAAGGAUAAGGAAAGACGCAAAGAUCACAAUAAAAGCAAGGAAAAAAAUAGAAAAGAUUAUCACAGUUCUUCAAAAAAUAAAGAACGAUGUAAGCAUAGAUCAGAUUCUAGAGAUUCUAGAGAUAGACAUGGUUCCUCUUCUAGUAGAAACAAAGAUAAAAUAAGAAGCAGUCGUGAUGGUAAAAAUUCUUUACGUAGUAAGGAACAUUCAGAUUCACGAAAACAUAGACGUGCCUCUCCGAAGAAAGAUCGGAACAAUCAUCACAAAUCUAGCCGACACGAUAAACACAAAUCUACAUCAAACUCAUCUAGCUCCAAAUCGAAUAAGCAUACAUCAAGCAAAAGCAAUAGAAAGCAUCACUCAGAGUCGACUCGAAGAUCUAGUGACUCCUCCAGGAAAUCUAGCAAAUAUAAAGAAAGUAGUAGUGAAAAAAAUUCAUCAGAUAGAUCUGAUAAUUCUGAAGAUGGUUAUCAUUCCUUUUUAAAUGAUGAAAUUUUGGAAUUAUCAGAUUCCGAUCACGAUGUACAAGAAGAAUGCUUAAAAAUUUUUCAGGAAUAUCAAGCCUCUGAUUAUCCAAAACUAGUAUCAGUGAAAAAAUCUUUAAAACAAGAAACCGAAGAUGUAGAGGAAGUCGGUAAAAAAAGGGUUGCACAUUCUUCAGCAGCCACAACCGUCACCAGACAGCUAGGUCCUAGUCAGCCACCAAAAAAACUCAUAACUCCGCAGCAGAAAAUGUACGAACGAUGGCGUUUGAUGAAAGAAGCGGCUGCCGUAAAGGCUGCAGAGAAGGCAACAGCUGAUAUGAAGACUCAAGUUACAAUUGCAUCAGCAGUUCAGUUCGCGAGUAAUUUACAUAAAGAGCAUACGGAGUCCACCUUGUCAAUGAGUAGUGGUGAUCAGUCGAAUACAAAUGUAAUGCAUAUUGCAGGUCGCAUUAGAAUCGCUCAUGUCCCAUAUGCCAAAUCUCUUGCAAUGGAAAAGAAAAAGGUCACAGUAACAAUAGGAAAGAGCGGGGAUGAUAAAGAAAUGAAUAACAAAACCAUAGCGCAAACUACGAAAGGUGGUAUGCGUGUUGCUCAUGUUCCACAAACUAUACCUCAUCUCGUACGUCCAGAACCACUUCAAGUUGCUACUCAGAAGUUUCCCUUAAAUGUUCGUCAGUAUUAUAUUAAUAUGAUGCACGACAUAUGCGUUCAGAUUUAUACGAGUGGCGAUGAUGCGGCGCAACGUGCUGUCAAAGAAGAAUUUGCGUGUCAUGAAAGAUGCAAAGCUCUUGCAGUAUACAAAAAUUCAUGUAUGUUGGCAGCUCAUAGACUAAGAAAAGAAGUCGAUCAGAGUACAACCGAUGAGAAAUCGGCUGGCUCGAGUUUCGGUAUGGUAUCUCAUGAAGCAAUGCUUGCCGGUAAAUCGAAAGGUUCUUGGAGCAUAGUCAAGACCAAAAGAAAUGUGAUAAAUCUUAAAGGAUCUGCGCUUUACAACAUGCUCAAGAAAUGGAUUUUGACAGAAACACAACUUAGAGAUAACGGGUUUCCGCGUAAACAUCCAAAUGGUACAAAGGGGCAGGCGAAAGUGUACGUAAUAAAUGCACGGAAUCAAAGUAUUUUAUCAAAAGUGCCUAACGAAAGAAUAUGCAGCCGAUGUGGACAAGCGUAUAUGGUGGAUAAACAGAGCUUUCCUAUACUACAACAAAAUUGUAUAUAUCACUGGGGAAGGAAGUUCACAAUAAGAGGCGAGGGCAAGUAUAGUUGUUGUCAGCAAUACGGAUCUGCUACUGGUUGUUGCGACGCAAAGACACACGUAUGGGAUUACACAGAUUACGAAAAUCUUCGUGGUUACGUUAAAACUUUAUCGAAAGAUGUUCCUAUUGACGAACAAGGCGUUUAUGCGCUUGAUUGUGAAAUGUGCUAUACUACACAAGGCUUAGAACUAACCAGAGUGACAGUUAUUGACGAAGAUUGCAACGUGAUAUAUGAAACAUUAGUCAAGCCACAGAAUUCAAUAAUCGAUUAUAAUACAAGAUUCUCAGGGAUUACAGAAGAAGAUAUGAAAGAUGUAACAACGACUAUGUUAGAUGUACAAGCUACACUAUUAACAAUGUUCUCGAGUAAAACAAUCUUGGUAGGUCACAGCCUUGAGAGCGAUUUUAAAGCUUUGAAGCUGCUCCAUGAUACCGUUGUGGAUACUAGCGUCAUGUUUCCGCAUAAAAAUGGAUAUCCGCAAAAACGAGCAUUAAAAAAUCUUUGUUCAGAAUAUCUCAGAAAAAUUAUACAAAAUGAUGUCGGUGGUCAUGAUAGCAAAGAAGAUGCUGUUGCUUGUAUGGAGUUGGUUCAAUGGAAAGUAAAGGAAGAAGCGAAAUUGCAGUGAGCGAAAUGUAAUUACAAUGAGCAGCAUAUAAACAAAUAUUAUCGCGAUUACUGUAUGUUUGUUACAGUUUUUGCCAACGGAUGCGCCGACUGGUAAUGUCGCGCAAACUUUACUGCACUAUGUAUUAUACUCUGUGUAUAAAUAUGUAAUAUAACCUCAUUACACACGUCGGCUUAAGAUUUUUUUUUCAGAUUAAAUUGGACAUUGUAAGAGAUAAAAACACAUAUGCGAUAUCAACUCUCAUGACAUUUACUAGAAUACAAAGAGAAUCGAUAUGAGAAUUUUCUCGAUUCUGAUAUGCAUCACAAUAUUUCGAUUAAUAUUUUUAUACUUCGUUAUAUUAUUACUUAUUUAUAUUUUAUAGCAUUAAAGAAACGAGAUAUGUUGCACCUGUUUGUUGACUGACUCAACCUUGCAAUAUAGAUAUACUUCAAGAAUCUGCAAUAAAACAGAAAUACAACUUGAUAUUAUAUAUAUUUAGCUUAAGUAAUAAAUUUCUUUUUUUUUA